AGAUGCCACGUAAUCGGGUCGGGUCGUAUGACAUGUCGGGUUUACUUCCAACUUCGAAGGCCAUAAAUACGCCUUCACUCUUCUCCUCUGCUUCUCAGAGCUCACCAUUGAGAGACAGAGAGGGGAUAUAUAGCACGACAACAAUAUGAGCAGAGACAAAACGACGCCGCUUUCAGUGCGGGUAGGCUUCAGGUUCCUUCCCACCGAAGAGGAGCUUGUGAACCACUAUUUGAAGAAGAAGAUUCAUGGUGGAAAUGAUUCCGAAAUCAACCAAAUCAUCCCUGAAAUCGACCUCUGCAAAUACGAGCCGGCUGAGCUCCCUGCUUUGUUGGGGACUGAGACAGACAUGGAGUGGUUCUUCUUCACCAGAAAGGCUUAUAAGUACAACAAAAGCUCUCGCUCGAAUAGGAGCACGAAGAAGGGAUACUGGAAGAUCUCAGGGAAGGAGCGUGGAAUUAAAGCUCGACGAUCCAAAGCUGUGAUUGGGAUGAAGAAGACAUUGACUUUUUACCAGGGUCGUGUGCCGAAAUCGAAGAAGACCAGCUGGGUCAUUCAUGAGUACUAUCUUCCUGGAAAUGGAGUUAUUCAGAAGCAGGCCCAGGGCGACUUUGUUAUCUGUCGCUUGAAGAUUAGAUCAGAUAAGAAGGAUUCUUUGGUCAGGAAUGAAGGACAAUCCGGUAGCGCGAGUGUGUCUGAAAUGAAUCAAGAGGGAAAUGAGGAGUUGCUAUUCCAUCAACCUCAGCCUCAGGACUGUUGCUCCUCAGCACUGCGGUCACCGGUGUCCCAAGAGCUGGAAGCUGUUCUGCAAACCAACAACACUAAUGAUGAUUGUAAUGAGUUACAAUCACCAUUUGGAGAUAGUGAUUCCUGUCAUCAAGACGGGAAUGAAGUUUCAACCUGUGAUGAAUAUGAGACUCUGUAUGAUGUGUUUCCACAGCUACGUGAUCCGCCAGAGGAAAAUCUGGAUUCACUCUUUGGUCCACAUCAGCCACAAGAUUACUGCCCGUCCAUACUGCAGUCACCAAUAUACACAAAGCUGUGGUAUGUACCCCAUCCACUCCAGCCACAAGAUUACUGCCCUUCCAUACUGCAGUCACCAAUAUACACAAAGCUGGGAGAUGUUCCACAUCCGCUGCAGCCACAAGAUUACGAGCCCUCAAAGUUGCAGUCACCAAUAUACACAAAGCUUGGAAAUGUUCCAGACGCCAAUCUCUAUUGUGGUGAAUGCAAUAAUUGGCAAUCUGCAAUUAUGAAAAAAAUUUCAACCGAUGAAGUUCACAUACCAUUUAGACAGAUCAUGUCUAAUUCUGAAAAUCAAGCUACAGAUUAUAGGAUUCUAGAGGUGCAUCAUCCUCAAAUCAAAGAAAAUCUGGAAUCAGUGGUUUAUCCAUUCCAGCCACAAGAUUCCACAUUGCAGCCACUGAUGUACACAAAAUUUGGAGAUGCUCUACAUAAUAUUGAAUGCAAUGAGUUGCAGUCUUCAUUUGGGGAUACGGACUCUUCUCUCACAAGGUUCUUGAAUACAAAUUUUGCUUACCAAGAUGGUUUCAAAGAAUCUAACCUGCCAAACUCACUGGGAAUGGUCUACCAUGGAGAUAGUGGAGUAAGCAAUUAAACAAACACUGAAGUACAAUAUGCGUCUGCAUUAGCUAUUGGAAAUACCCUCCAAUGUAGCUAAUGAACUCCAAAAGGUCUGAUAUUCUCCUACAAAGAUACAACAAUCUUCCAAGCAACACGAACUUUUUUAGAGGUAUUGAUGGUCUGCUCUCUGCACUCAAAUUGUUGGGUAGAAUAGUCCCGGACCUCAUUCUUGAUAGUAAAGAGAAAUGUUAAGACUUUUAAGUAGUCUUCUAUACCAACUUUAUCUUAUGGUAGACUAGUGUAUCACUUUUGUAUUCUACUUUGUUACUUUUCUUCAUCAAAUGGGUUUCAGAUGUUCUCUGAGUAUAUUAUAUAACUAUUUUUC